UUAGUCCCGGUACGUGGUGCCAUCCCGCUACUCAAAAAAUCGUGUCAGCAGGCUUGAGGAGAAAAACACGUCAUCAACAUAGUUGAAACUAUUUGGCUAAACAAGAACAAAAUUGGAACUUGAAAUAUGUUGAUAAACUGACAAUUGAAAAUAUAAAAAAGUCAAGAAUAGAAAAUAUCUUCAAAGUGUUCUGAGCAUAUUGUUGAAAUUCAGUACAAAAUGAUUGCACAUGAAGUUCGAAAACUGUCUUACCUAACUCUCUAACUCUGACUCGUGAAAAUCACAAGAAGGGUUAAAAGAAAGGACAAUGGUAUCAAAUGGAAUUCCAAGUCCAAGGGGAGAGAUGGAAUCAAAGACGUCUUCGUUGUUGGAUGGUACGAAUGGAGCAUCGUCGGUAUCGCCAGGUGUAAAGUCACCAUUGAUGAAGAUAUCGUCAUAUAUUUUGGCGACGAGGCCCUGGUCACUGAAUGCGUCGUUGAUACCGGGUUUAUUGGGUAGCGUCUUGGCCUACAGACUGAGUGGUUAUGAGAAUUUUAAUCCGAUAACAUUCGUAUUAGCAUCGCUAACGAUAAUGUUUGUUCACGGUGCGGGAAACGUAGUGAAUACAUACUUUGAUUACAUUAAAGGUGUGGACAGUAGAAAAAGCGACGACAGAAUAUUGGUAGAUCAUUUAUUGUCGAAAGACGAGUUAGUUUCGCUCGGAGCUUUGCUUUACGCUCUUGGUUGUCUCGGUUUUAUAUUAUUAACAGCAAUAUCACCGGCGAAAAUGGAGCAUUUGGCGCUCGUUUAUUUCGGUGGUUUGUCAGGAUCGUUUCUCUACACAGGUGGAAUCGGACUGAAGUACAUAGCUCUGGGAGACGUGAUGGUUCUCGUUAUAUUUGGCCCAGUAUCGGAAAUAUUUGCUUUUUUAGCACAAACCGGUUUCAUACAUUGGGGCACGAUAUAUUACGCGAUUCCAUUGGCCCUCAACACCGAGGCAAUAUUACACAGCAACAAUACACGUGAUAUGGAAAGCGAUAGAAAAGCCGGAAUCGUUACGUUGGCCAUUGUAAUUGGUCAUACAGCUUCACACGUUUUGUACGCAUUUUUGCUAUUUACACCAUACAUUAGUCUCGUUGUAAUGGCCCUCAGGUAUUCUGGAUGGUUCCUUCUACCACUUGUGACCCUACCGACUGCGUUCAAAAUUGAAAAACAAUUCCGAGAUCCACACAUGAUACAAAGCGUGCCUAAACAGACGGCGAGACUAAACGUGCAUCUCGGUAUUUUGUACGUAAUCUCUUGUCUUCUGGCUGAUCCACUACCCUAUUUAUAAUUAUUUAUAUUUUCAAUGAAAUUAAUGAAGGAGAAAAAAUUAAACAAACACUUUUUUUCCGUUUGGAAAAAUUAAAGUGUAUAUGUAUACAUAUCCUGAUAUGGAUGUAUAUAUGAAUAUGUACGAACAAAUUUCUACAAGUCGAAUAUAUGGCAGCUCGAGAAUCCCUGAUAUUGCAUAAAAGCUGCGUUGGUUUUUUCGGCACGUCAUAGGAACUUUCUUCUCUUUUUUGUACGGAAUCGCUCUCCCGGGAGAAAGAGAGAGAGAAAGAGAGAGAGAGAGAGAGAGAGAGACAGGGAGAAAGUGGAAGAGUAAUGAAAUGGUUUUCAAUUUUGAAAACUUAACAAGAAGACCGAUGAGCAACUUGCAAGACGAGAAAAAAGCUCAGUGAGCCUUUUACAUCCUGAAUUGUACGCCGAUAAGCUGUUUCUUACGAUUUUAACAUGUUCGCAGUACAUGAGUAUCCUAAAAACAAUUUUGUAUCCAUCGAUCUUAUGUUUUUUUGUAUCAUUAACAAACUUAUUUAUUGUUUCAUACCGUAUCAUGACUUUGGAACAAUGUGCCCCGAGAACGUAUGAAUGUGUUAGUGAUACGCUUUUUAUGCAAUUGAAAAUAUCAAGACUUUUGUGAAACAAUGAAAAAAUACAAUCGACAACCCAGGAACAUCGUCAUCUUUACAUAGACGUCGCUGACAUCGUGAAAAUGUACUUAUUUAUGCUAUAAGGUCAUGUUUGGUUUUAUAUUAAAAGUAACAUGGAUCUGAUAGUGAUGUCAUGUAUAGAUUGCCUAUAUGCUACGGAAUAAUAUAAUCGCCAGGUUUUCCACCGUUGAAUAUGUGUAAAUGUUUGAAAGAAAAACAAAUAAUGAUAUGAACAAUGAUUUUGCCAAGCAAAAUAACAUUAUUGAUACUGUUCAUUCCCCGGAUGUAUAAUUAUAGGGAAGACCAGAUAAAACGUAUGACAGUCGAACUGGGGGACAUUUGACCAAUUGUCAAUAAAAUCAUAAAGAAUUAUUCGUAAA